AUGACGCUCCAAUUCUGGGUCCCUCUCCAAGAGGCUAUUUAUGAUCCAUACGUGAUACCUAUUCGAACCAACCCAUCAGAGGACAACAAAUAUACUGUUCACGUCUUUGGUAACGCUGCGCCUCAAGCAGGGACAUUAUCAACUGAAGAAGCCCAGAAUAUUAGAGAUGCGGCAAUUAUAUUGUUUAAAAGAUUAAUUGAAAUAUUGAGAGUAAAGCUGCAACUGCCACCCGAAGAUGAAUGGAAUGAAUGGCAUGAGGAGACAAAACAAAAGUUUAGAUCCUAUCGCCGAGAUAUUGGAGAUAUUAUCUUGAGUGCAUAUGUCAUUCUGCAUGAAGAGCUUCUUGCUUACUUUAUAGAUCUUAUCGCAAACCAAUUAAACACUCCCAAUAGCGAUUUCAAUCGUUACGAGGACGCAGAAUCAACACUAUAUUGUAUUAAAGCUAUUUCAGAGUCAAUGAGUAACUCGGAAAAUACUUAUCUACCAAGGCUCUUUGGUGCUGAAAUAUAUGGACGGUUACCAUCGCACGGACAGACAAGAUUGAGGAAUACGGCUUUAGUAUUAAUCGGUUCCUACGCUGAGUGGUUGAACGAAAACCCGGAUUUCCUGUUUCCAUCUAUCAAUUACAUAAUGGCUAGUCUAAAUGAACCUGGGCUCUCCUCCAGUGCCGCCACGGCAUUCAAAGAUGUCUGUGAGCUAUGUCGUAAUCACUUAGUAAAUGUAGUAGAAACCAUGGUAAAUGCGUAUUUAUCGCUUGGAUCCCAUGUUCAGCCACCACAAAGACAAAAGAUUAUUGAAUCAAUAGCGGACGUCUUACAGAAUUUGCCACUAGAGAAGAUGGUACAACCUAUCCUGGUAUUAACAGGGCAUAUCAUAGAGAAGAGCAAAGAAAUCAUCUCACAUGUACAGGAUCCACCUGUGUUCCGAGACUCCAUAAUGAUUCAACUUGGUUAUCUCACGUCAUGUGCACGGGGUAUACAAGCUAGAGACGAGGAACCAAUUCUUGUGGAUGUUGACAAGGGUAAUUUACGAAUACAGGCCGUGUUCGCAUCAGCGACUGUUACAUCCUUCACAUCUACGAUAACUGACAUUAUUGGAAGUAUUGCUAACGUUUGGUAUCAAGAUCAGGAUGUUAUGGAGUCAGUUUGUAAAUUUCUAAAUGCUGGAAUACGGGAUCCACUCCACCUUCUUUCACUUCCAUUUGAGUUCAUCAUUCGUCUAAUCCAAAACUUUUAUUCUCGAAAACAACACCCAUGUUUGAUGGACACUGCUGCACAACUAUUGACGGUCUACGGGUCUAGGAGUGAAUACAAAGAUGUGUUCCAAGAGAUGCUUGCAACGUUCACUGUCAGCACUCUGAGUAUCGUUACUAACCAGAAUGACAUAGAGGAUUGUCCAGAUGUGGUUAAUUCGUAUUUCGAGCUGCUUUCAAAGUUCAUAAUGAAGUGUCCGAUAUCAUUUUACUCUAUUCCGUCGGACAUGUUCAAGAGCAUAAUCAUGUUCUCUAUAGCUGGUCUUCGUACCUAUGAGCGACUUGCGCUGAAAGCGGCUAUUAACUUUAUGAAAGAAUUCCUAGGCCAAAGUUACCAUGAUGAUCAAUUGAAUGCAGCAAGUGAGAAAGUAAUCAUGACUUAUGGGUUGGAGAUAAUGACGGAAUUAUUAGCAGGAAUAGGUGGGAAAACGCCAAGGUCUUACGUACCAUUAGUGGCUGACGUGCUCUAUAAGAUGACUAGUCGACAUGUUGAGGCUAGUAGUAAUUGGUUGAGAGUUUUACUUUCUCAGGACAACUUCCCUUCGCGUAAUGUCAAGCAGGACGCAAAAGAUUUGUUUGCAAAAAGUAUUCUUGGGACGCGUAAUAUACGCAGAUACAAGGAUUUGGUUAAUGAUUUCUCGCUGAAAUGUCGAGGUUUGGAGAAUACAGCAUAUGGGCGCAUAUGA